AUGCCUGAUCCGUUGAAAUCGUUAAAAUUGAACGUUUGGAUUUGUGAUAUCAGUGAUUUUAUGAACCCAAUUCCGUAUCGCAGCCAGCUGCAGGAGAAAAUCGAGCCGGGCCAAACCCUGAUCAUCAAAGGUUCGACCAUCGAUGAAAGCCAGCGAUUCACGGUAAAUUUCCAUUGCAAAUCAGCGGAUUUCAGUGGCAACGAUGUGCCACUGCAUAUUUCGGUGCGUUUCGACGAAGGCAAGAUUGUAAUGAACACAUUCUCGAAUGGAGAAUGGGGCAAGGAGGAACGCAAGAGCAUUCCGUACAAGAAGGGAGCACCGUUCGAUAUGCGUAUCCGCGCACACGAUGAUCGAUUCCAGAUUUUCUGCGACCAGAAAGAAUUCAAGGAUUAUGAGCAUCGUCUGCCCCUAUCGUCGAUCACGCACCUAUCAGUCGAUGGAGAUUUGUACCUAAAUCAAGUCCACUGGGGUGGAAAAUACUAUCCGGUGCCGUAUGAGAGUGGUAUCUCGCAAGGCUUGGGCGUUUCGAAAUCACUGCUGAUUUUCUUGUGCCCGGAGAAGAAGGCGAAACGCUUCAACAUCAAUUUGCUGAAGAGGAACGGCGAUAUUGCACUCCAUUUCAAUCCUCGUUUCGAUGAAAAGGUUUUCUAG